AAAGAACAACCAAACAACCAGACCCAGCACCACCAAUGGUAGCUGCAGCGCCACAACUACCACCGCCGAUUGAAAACGACGUCCCGUCCGCCAUUUUCUUUAUUCUUUAAGCAAGAGUUUUGCUUCUUCACUUGCAGAUCUCUACACGGUCUCCAUUGCCGUUACGGUUCCUUUCGUAUUUAUGACCAUGUCCUAGCGGAUCACUCUGUUCUACGCCACCUCUCAUUUUCUCUCUGUUUGGAGUGGUUGUUUUGGAUCCGAAAAUGGUGGUUUCUAGGCAGAUCACGCCUGGACAGGUCUCUUUUUUGCUUGGAAUCAUCCCAAUUUUCAUUGCAUGGAUAUAUUCAGAGUUCUUAGAGUACAAGAAAUCCGCAUCUCUUUCCAAAGUCCAUUCAGACAAUAAUCUGGUUGAAUUAGCAGCAGGGCAGACCAUUAAAGAAGAUGACAGAGCUGUUUUGCUGGAAGGAGGACUUACAAGAUCAGCAUCUGCUAAAUUCUAUGGUUCAACGGUCAAAACAAACUUAAUUAGGUUUUUGACUAUGGAAGACUCUUUCUUGCUGGAACAUCGACUAACUUUGAGAGCAAUGUCUGAGUUUGGGGCAAUUCUCUUGUAUUUCUAUAUAAGUGACCGCACAAAUUUUCUAGGAGAAUCUACGAAGAAAUACGACCGCGAUCUUUUCCUCUUUCUCUAUGCUCUUCUCAUCAUGGUUGCAGCCAUGGCUUCUUUGAAGAAACAUAAUGACAAAUCAGCAUUCUCUGGAAAAACAAUGCAAUACCUUAGUCGACAUCAGACUGAAGAAUGGAAAGGGUGGAUGCAGGUACUCUUCCUAAUGUACCAUUACUUUGCUGCAACUGAGAUAUACAACGCAAUACGUGUCUUUAUAGCUGCAUAUGUUUGGAUGACUGGAUUUGGCAACUUCUCGUAUUAUUACAUCAGAAAGGACUUUAGCGUUGCACGCUUUGCCCAGAUGAUGUGGCGGCUAAAUUUCUUUGUGGCUUUCUGCUGCAUUGUUCUCAACAAUGACUAUAUGCUUUAUUACAUCUGCCCAAUGCACACACUUUUCACUCUGAUGGUAUAUGGAGCCCUUGGCAUCUUUCACAAGUAUAAUGAGAUACCAUCAGUGAUGGCUGUCAAAAUUCUUGCGUGCUUUCUAGUGGUUAUCCUGAUUUGGGAAAUUCCUGGAGUUUUUGACUUAUUUUGGAGUCCCUUCUCAUUCCUAUUAGGAUAUACUGAUCCUGCAAAGCCUGAUCUAACACGACUGCAUGAGUGGCAUUUUAGAUCUGGGCUUGAUCGCUACAUAUGGAUCAUUGGAAUGAUAUAUGCAUACUAUCAUCCCAAUGUUGAGAAAUGGAUGGAGAAAUUAGAGGAAUGUGAAACCAAGAAAAAGCUAUCAAUCAAAGCAAGCAUUGUCGCUGUUUCCUUGUUUGUUGGUUAUCUGUGGUAUGAGUGUAUUUAUAAGUUGGACAAGGUUACAUACAACAAGUAUCACCCCUACACUUCAUGGAUUCCCAUAAUCGUGUACAUUUGCCUACGGAACUUCACUCAGCAGCUUCGGAAUUACUCUUUGACACUCUUUGCGUGGCUUGGCAAGAUAACUUUGGAGACUUACAUUUCUCAGUUCCACAUCUGGCUCAGAUCAAACGUGCCAAAUGGACAACCUAAAUGGCUUCUUUGUCUUAUUCCCGGAUCUCCGUUGCUCAACUUUAUGCUUACAACUGCCAUUUAUGUCUUGGUAUCUCAUCGUCUUUUUGAAUUGACAAAUACACUCAAGUCAACUUUCAUACCAACAAAGGAAAAUAGACGACUGCUCUAUAAUUGUGUAGCUGGAGCAGUUAUUUCACUGUGUUUAUAUUUUAUCUCACUCAUUCUACUACAGAUUCCUUUUUCACCAGCCUGACAAGAACAAAACUCAAAUUAGGUUUAAAUUAAUCUUUCACGUUGGGCAUCUGCAUAUAAAAAGCUAUAUAGCUGCGCAAUAAGGGGACUUGGAAGCUGUUUCUGGAGAUCUAGUUUAUGAAUCACCAAGUUCUUCCUGCAAUUUUGAGAGUAAGUUCCCUUCAUUGAUGUCCUCAAAGCCAAAAUUAGAUCGAGGGAAGGCAAACAACAGGAAGAUUUUCUCUUCUCUUUUCUUUUCUUUUUUCCUCUUGUUGUAAUAUUGGAAACUGGCGUAUGUCAUUUUCUUUUUCCAUUUUCUGGCUAUUCGUUGUAGAAAAUGUAGAUCCUGUGACAUAGGUGUGUCGUCUGUUUGGCAUCAAACAAAUCCAAGAUUCAAUACUAAUGCAAUUCAAAUUUCGAA